AUGCUCUCAAAAGAGACGAAUGAGAAUGUCUCAGCCAUACCUUCCGUCCUAGCCCUUCACAUGACAGCGCCAGCUCUGCAGCUCUACCAGACUUCGGGGGUUACCUUCGGGGCCCGGCUGGGCCCGGCGCAUGGCAUCCCAGUCUUUCUCUCGAGGGCAUUUGGGGAGGCGGCGAGCCUCGAGGAUUUCGAGCCGUGGAUGGCAGGGCUCCUUCAGCACACCGCGCGGGAGGGUGCCAUGGAGGCUUUUGCCGGCCAGGUGCACGACCUGCAGCCCGAACUAGUCACGCCCAAAGCAUCGGUGCGCCCGAACCCGUUCCUGGAAGCAACACCGUCCACCGAAUGCCCUGAGGAGGAUUGCCAAAGCGACAUUGCCACCGUGGCCGAGGUCUGCGCCGGUGCAGAAGGCAGUGGAGAAGACUUCCAAGUUUGGAAGCUGGACAGCGGUCUCGACUGCUUGCCUCCGGAGCACCAGCACGUACAAGGAAGAGUCAGCACGGCGUCAACAGCCGCCACUGCGCGGGACCUGGACAUGUGGCCUCGUGACGAUGCUUUGCAGCAGGACGACAGAGCUCGAACACCGAGGCUGCAGAUGCUGAUCUCGCAACUGGAGCACGGCGUGUGUGGCCUCCAAGAUGACUUGCAGUGGGAACGCCAGAAGCGGCAGGAGGCGGACGCCUGCUGCGAGAGUUUGAACAUCGAGCUUUCCAGCUUGAAACGCCUACUGCUCCAGACUUCCCGCGCUGCGCAAGAUCUCGAAGCCCAGUGCGACCGCCUACAGCAGCUCAACGACGAGCUCAAGGCGGAGAUCGCCUCGCAGCAAGAAGAGAUGGAUGAACUACGGCUACAGCAGGCGGCGAGCCUGGAGAAUGUUGAGCCGUGGAUGGCAGGGCUCCUUCAGAUGGGUACAUCGCAAGCCGGGCCGGGCGCUUCAGCCCAGACCGAUCCCGCUACGUUUCAGUCGAAGGAGUCUCGGACGAUAGCUUUCGGGGCGGACGUGGAGGCGCUUUGCGUAUCUUUGCGUCCAGUGUGCAAGCAAGUCCUGAAAGUCCUGAGGCCGAACCUGCUGGAGUACCUUUCCGUGGAUGACAUUUUGGAGUGGCGCCGGACAUCCCAACAAACCAGACGUCCCAGGGUCCUGAUGCAGCAUCUGACCGAAAUGGGCAGGUUGGACAGGUACGAGACGAUUCUCGAUUUUUGUGCAAAAUGGCGGUCUGGUGGGAAGGACCCUCGUGCCUUCGAUGCCGACAUUGUGAAGGAUGUCACGCAGAAGAAGUUCUUUGAGUGCCGAUGGUGGUGUAUGAUGAUGGCGAGAGCUGGCUACACCCAAGCAUUUACAGAAAGCGAUAUCUGCCAUAUCGUCCAAGCAAACCUUCGAGAUUUGUUUGUGCAUUUCUGCGAUGUGGAUGAAUCUGUGAGUCUGUCCGCGCACCUUCUUAUUCUGAACCAUGCCUUUGGCUGCCACCCGUUUGUGCAGCAACUGAUUUCGGAAGCCAUGCUGGGCGUGAUGGCAGACCUGCUACCGGAGUCCGCUGAAAUUACCAAAGAGGCCUCGAUCAAGGCAGAGUGGUGCGCAGAGCAUCUUGAAUGGAUUUGGCGCGCACUGACGAGGUCUCAGCGUCAGAAGUGGGUGUCCUUCCUGGUCAGACUCCUGCAGGGUCAGAAGGCAUGCCAGAUCACAUUGAUUGAUCGCCUGAAGCUCCUGUGGCGAGCUGAUGACGAUCCCAGCCGAAGCUACGCAGAAGCAGACCAGCAGCUGAAGGUUCUUUCGCACCAGCCCAGAUGUGAGGCGAGCGCUUGGCAGACUGCGGCGGUCGUAAAUCGGCGGGGUGAAGAUGAGUGA